CCCAUUGCUCUCCACCGAUUGGUCAGGCCGAGCGGAGGGGCGGGACGGCAGCGGGCCGGUGAGGGGGACCGGGUGGCGGGCGCCAGCGGCCGGAGGACGCCCGGCUGCGGGAGGCGGCUCCGCAGCGCCCAGGCAAGCAAACCAAAGGGAGCGGCUUCUUGUCCUCUGCUUUCUGCUCUCGUCGGGGAUUUGAUUUGCAUCAUCUCUGAGCCCAUUUAAAAAAAAAGAAAAAGAAAAAGGCAAACCAAACCCACACAAAACAUGUUGUGCGGAAGGACUUCCACUCCCUGGCUGUGCUAUUAACGUUAGAAAUCAGGAAGAGCCUUUGGGGGCUGCAGGAUCUCGCUAGGCUGAUGCUGCUGCUAAAGGUUUUGGUGCAGGGAGACAAAACUGCUGCCUCUACCAUCCGCUGAUCUCCUAACAUCUGCAUUUUGCUGCUGCCGUGCUCUGUCUCACACCCUCUCUCCAUGGACUGAUAUUUUUUGUUUUCCUUCUUCUUCUUCCCUUUUUGUGGGGGGAAGGACAAGCGGAAAAUCAAGGCGUCGCAUCGAGAGGAGCAAAAUUGCAUUUGUAUCUUGUGCUCGGGUGGAUCUGUUUGGAGGUUAAUCUUUUUUUUUUUUGGGAAAAGAAAACAUGACGUCGCCAGCAAAAUUCAAAAAGGAUAAGGAGAUCAUAGCUGAAUAUGACACUCAAGUUAAAGAGAUCCGUGCGCAGUUGGUAGAGCAGCUGAAAUGCCUUGACCAGCAGUGCGAGCUCCGCGUCCAGUUGCUGCAGGACCUGCAGGAUUUCUUCCGCAAGAAGGCAGAGAUUGAGAUGGAUUACUCGAGGAAUUUGGAGAAGUUGGCUGAGAGAUUCCUGGCUAAAACUAGGAGCACCAAAGACCAGCAAUUCAAGUAAAGAAGGAUCAGAACGUGCUCUCACCUGUCAACUGCUGGAACCUCCUGCUCAACCAGGUGAAGCGGGAGAGCCGGGACCACACCACUCUGAGCGACAUCUAUCUCAACAACAUCAUCCCACGCUUCGUCCAGGUCAGCGAGGACUCGGGCCGCCUGUUCAAGAAGAGCAAGGAAGUGGGAUUGCAGCUCCAGGAGGACUUGAUGAAGGUCUUGAACGAGCUCUACACGGUGAUGAAAACCUACCACAUGUACAACGCUGACAGCAUCAGCGCCCAGAGCAAACUGAAAGAGGCGGAGAAGCAGGAGGAAAAGCAGAUUGGGAAGUCGGUGAAGCAAGAGGACAAGCAGACGCCGCGCUCCCCCGACUCGACUUCCAACGUCAAGUUUGAAGAGAAACACGUUCGGCGAAGCUCCGUCAAAAAAAUCGAGAAGAUGAAGGAGAAGCGCCAAGCGAAGUACACAGAAAACAGACUGAAGGCUAUUAAGGCAAGAAACGAGUAUCUGCUGGCCCUGGAAGCCACCAACGCGUCUGUGUUCAAGUAUUACAUUCACGACCUGUCAGAUCUCAUUGAUUGCUGUGACCUGGGAUACCACGCCAGCCUCAACAGGGCUCUCCGGACAUUCUUGUCCGCUGAGCUCAACCUGGAGCAGUCCAAGCACGAGGGUCUGGACGCCAUCGAAAACGCCGUCGAGAACCUGGAUGCCAACAGUGACAAGCAGCGCCUGAUGGAGAUGUACAACAACGUCUUCUGCCCGCCCAUGAAGUUCGAGUUUCAGCCGCACAUGGGUGAUAUGGAGUCGCAGCUCUGUGCCCAACAACCAGUCCAGAGCGAGUUAGUGCAGCGGUGCCAGCAACUACAGUCUCGAUUAUCUACGCUUAAGAUUGAAAACGAAGAGGUUAAGAAGACGAUGGAAGCGACGCUGCAGACGAUCCAGGACAUCGUCACGAUUGAGGAUUUUGACGUUUCCGACUGUUUCCAGUACAGCAACUCCAUGGAGUCCGUUAAAUCCACCGUCUCGGAAACGUUCAUGAGCAAACCGAGCAUCGCCAAGAGACGGGCCAACCAGCAGGAGACGGAGCAGUUCUAUUUCACAAAAAUGAAGGAGUAUCUGGAAGGCAGGAACCUGAUCACGAAGCUCCAAGCCAAACACGACCUCCUGCAGAAGACCCUGGGAGAAAGUCAAAGGACUGACUGCUCCAUCGCCAGCGGCAGGCGCAGCUCCACCAUAAGAAAGCAGGAUUCCUCCCAGGCCAUUCCGCUGGUCGUGGAGAGCUGCAUCCGCUUCAUCAGCAGACACGGUUUGCAGCACGAAGGAAUAUUCAGAGUGUCUGGGUCACAAGUCGAAGUGAAUGACAUAAAAAAUGCAUUUGAGAGAGGGGAAGAUCCAUUGGCUGGAGACCAGAAUGACCACGACAUGGAUUCCAUAGCGGGAGUUCUGAAGCUCUAUUUCCGAGGGCUGGAGCACCCUCUCUUCCCCAAGGACAUCUUCCACGAUCUGAUCGCCUGCGUCACAAUGGAUAAUUUACAAGAGAGAGCGUUGCACGUGCGGAAAGUCCUUCUGAACCUGCCCAAAACCACUCUGAUUGUCAUGAGAUACCUCUUUGCGUUCCUCAAUCAUUUAUCACAGUUCAGUGAAGAGAACAUGAUGGAUCCCUACAAUUUAGCCAUCUGCUUUGGGCCGACGCUGAUGUCUGUGCCUGAAGGUCACGAUCAAGUCUCUUGCCAAGCCCAUGUCAAUGAAUUGAUCAAAACCAUCAUCAUCCAACAUGAGAACAUCUUCCCGGGACCAAGGGAGCUGGAGGGUCCAGUCUAUAGCAGAGGUGGAAACACCGAGGAUUACUGCGAAAGUCCCCAUGGAGAGAGAGCCUCAACAGAAGACUCAGUUCCGGACACGACAGCCGAGCACCACACCAGCGACGACGAGUGUGAGCCCAUAGAAGCGAUAGCGAAGUUCGACUACAUUGGCAGGACUGCCCGAGAGCUGUCCUUUAAAAAAGGAGCUUCUCUCUUGCUCUAUCAGCGGGCCUCAGAUGACUGGUGGGAGGGACGCCACAAUGGAAUUGACGGCCUUAUUCCUCAUCAGUAUAUCGUCGUUCAAGACACUGAGGACGGUAUCUCUGAAAGAUCCAGCCCGAAGUCUGAAAUAGAGAUAAAUUCUGAGCCACCGGAGGAAAAAGUGACUGCUAGAGCUGGUGCCAGUUGCCCGAGCGGGGGUCACGUCGCAGAUAUUUACCUUGCAAACAUCAACAAGCAAAGAAAGAAACCAGAGUCAGGCAGCAUCAGAAGAGCCUUCCGUCCAAGUGACAACCACGGACUAGGUAGUUCAAUGGCAGAACCCGCCUCCCCAGGAGCCAUAGCCAGUUCCAGACCCUCAUCUCAACCCAUUCUGAGCCAAAGUCUUCCCAAGGAGGUUCCAGAUAAAUGCUCCAUCAGUGGCCACGGCAGCCUCAAUUCUAUCAGCCGACACUCGUCUCUGAAGAACAGGAUCGACAGCCCGCAGAUCCGGAAAACCGUGACGGCAGGGAGGUCCAAGAGCUUCAACAACCAUCGGCCCAUGGACCCCGAGGUUAUUGCACAGGACAUUGAAGCGACUAUGAACUCUGCUCUGAACGAGCUGCGGGAGCUGGAGCGGCAGAGCAGCGUGAAGCACACGCCGGACGUCGUGCUUGACACGCUGGAGCCUUUGAAAACGUCCCCGGUGGUGGCGCCCACGUCCGAACCCUCCAGCCCCCUGCACACCCAGCUCCUCAAGGACGCCGAGCCCGCGUUCCAGCGCAGCGCCAGCACCGCCGGCGACAUCCCCUGCACCUUCCGGCCCGUGAAAUCGGUCAAAAUGGCCACGCAGGUGAAACCUCCGGCCACGCGGCCCAAACCGACGGUUUUCCCCAAAACAAACGCCACGAGCCCCGGCGUCGCCUCCUCCGCGGCUCAGCAGCCUCCGGACAAGUCCUGUACUGUCUGAUAAACUCGAUGCUGCUCCGCGGGUGUAACUCUGUUGUUUCAGACUCCGUUAAAGACGUGAAAAAUUCCUAUUUAUCUCCUCUUUUGAACUUCUGAAGGUCAGUUGUGAACUGCUGCUCACUGCUGGGGGCCCUUCCUGCGCAGUGACACCUUCGUCCCACGUACCCGCGUCGGUAGCAUCCGUGAGGCAAAACGCUUCGUGCCACGUGAAGGAAACCCAGGAUCAGGUCACUGUGAACCUGAGGAGGAAAAAACGCAAAAGAAGCAAAGAGUUGAAUCUUGGUUUCCAGUUGAUGCCUUCUUCAAGUGUUUGGCCACCGAGAGAAAUAUUUAGCGGCAUCAUGUUUGGAGUACUGGUGUAGUGACUUCUAUGUUCCGUGUUUCAUUUAUCACAGGGAAACAAUAGGAUAGAUUUUAGUCUCUUGCAUGUUUUGGUGCCACUGGUUACGUGGAGCUUGGACAUGCCCGUUUCUUGUGCAUUAUUAUUAUAAUUAUUACGUCGCCCCCUGGUGCCACGGUGGUUUAAGGGUCAGUCUCGACUUCCAUCGCAUCCUCUGGUUUUGUUUGUUCCUCCCCCCGAGGCCAAAGCUCUUGGCCAUCCAGCCUCAGCCUUUAGUCGACACUUGUCAUAAAGAAUAGUUUACUCUGGAACACUCUUAGAUUUUUGUGGAGUUCUAUGUAAUAUGUGUCUGUGCAAAUAUAAACAAUCAUGUUCCUGAGGUUUAGGAGCAUAAGAAAGAGCCCAGUUGUUGCUUAUGGACAAUCGAGCUGUUUUCUCCCAUGUUUCAAAACAGUUUUAUUGUUUUUCAGUGUAAUUUUUAGCCCAUAGGCUACGUUGUGGUGUGCGGUCUCGGGAGACUGAAUGUAAAAACAAGCCAACAUUUAAAAACUAAGCGUCCUCUGAUGGGACUUCACUUACUAACGCACACAUUCUUGUUUUGAUCAUCUAUCAAGAUGGAUCCUUACCAAAAUCCCAGUUGCGAGCACUGUAAGAAAACGCCGAUGGGAAGUUCUCCGGCUUCGUGUCUUCUCCUUCCUUCUAGUUCCAAACGCUUCAGCCGGUGGCUGUGACGGCUGUGACGUGCUCUGGGGAUCUCUGCUCUCAUAGAGCGCUGCAGGAGACGCUGCUGGGGACACCGGGGACGGCGGGGACCCCCCGAGCGGCUUCGGUCUCCGUUGGACUCCGCAGACCUGCCAGUUAAUCCUUUGUGUUUGUACGGUAGGCAGCAGACGCUUCAGCCGCUAGCAGGCUGCGUGGACUCUUUUGUACUCUACUGAGAAUUUUCCACAGUGCUAAUGUUUAUUUAAUUUAAAAAUAAAAUAAAAUAAAAUAGAAUUUAGAAAGGCACGUGCCACUUGCAAUGGGAAAGAAGAUCUCGCAGUCCCGCAGGAGAGGAGACCCAGUUCACCUUGUUCCCCAACUUUGCUGGGCUUUGAGAAAAGAAAAGGCUGCACAUCCUAUGCUAUAUUUUCCUCAAAUAAAUUCAGGCAAGGACAAGAUAAGAAAAGUAGUUUUCCUCUACCAUUUAGCUGAUUUUUCUCUUAAAUUUAUGGGUUUCUCACGCUUGGCUCUCUUGUGGCUGCAAUGUCAUUUUAAUUGGCACUUAGUAAUUAAAGAAGAAGAAACGAAGCUUCCGUUUCUAAGAACAAUUUCUUCAAUGUACUUUCCUGACUCAUUCAGGAUGUUACCGGGAGGAAUGAACAGGGUUUUGCUGUGUCCCUGUCCCUCCCCACGCGCACACCCCCUUCUCUACAGACCUAACACAUCCGUAUUAAUGAUAUUUUUCAAAACAAAGACCAACUUUCUCUGUGCCCUGAAUUAAGAACGUGCAAAAAUUGGGGAAUACAGGAAUAUUUGAGUGCAAAAGCUCUUCUUAUGGGUUUUCAGCUGAUGUGUAGCAGCGGUUCCCCGGGAAGCACCGCGGUACGUGUGUGACUGUCAUUGGACCCUCCCCUGUCCCCAACGGUGCGACCUUUGCUCUCAGGGUCUGAUGGACUCUCUCCCACCAAGGAACCACUUGUUCUUUUGGGGAAAAAAAAGUACAAAAAAAAUAGAAAUAAACUUGUAAUUUUGUGCUCAGGCAGAAUAUUCUGGCAUUUACUUUAAGGAGGGAAUUUUUUGGUUUUGUUGUCUUUUUUUUCGGUCGUGAACGACCGACGUUAAUCUGUGUCAAGAGCAGGAUCUCUGUAAAUUUACUUCGUUACUCAUUUGUAAUGCCUUAUUUUCUUUAUAUUUUUAUGCCUAGCGGUCAUGUUUCUAAGAAUUAAGUGUCCAGCCACGCGCAGCACAGUUGGAGGAGAUGUUCUUUUCCAUCUUCAAGGUCUGAAGUAUGAAUGGAAAUUAGACAUUAAAACAACAGACUUUCAGGUUACUGUAACAGCAACUGUCUGUAUAUGAGUUACUGUGCUUAUCUCCAGCAUCCGCAGCUCUGGGACAAUCCUACUGUCAAGGGGAAUACGCUUAGCAGGAUCAACGUGGAUUUUUGAGCAACUCAACUGGAAUUUUCGGUGUGCACUGUGAUGGACACUUCCACUUAGAGCAAGCAAUACGGGCAGGCUGGGCAUCGUCCUUCCGCGCACACUGUGUCCGGCCGGCCCGCCGAAAACGCACACAGAAAUGGGGACGUUGGGCUUGUCUGCUUCACUCUGUGAACACACAAGGCUUUUGCCACGAGUGUUUUAUGACCGGUUGUAGGUUGAACUGGAAACGUCGGCGCCGCUCCCCGCAAAACCAGUGGGUACCUUGUAGAAGGGACUGGUGGAGAGUGGACAAGUACCCGCUGGUUUGCUUGGGGAGGUGUCCGUGUUACUUCUUCAUAUCUUCAUAUUCAGAAGAAAUACUCGCUCUUCCAUGGAAAUCCUCUUUCAUGACUUUUCUGUAACGUUUGUGUCCAAUGUAAAGACAAGAAGUGUUUGAUAACUGGAAUAACGUACGUCUGUUUGAUAGUGCUUUGUAUGAACAAAGGAUUCUUGUUCAUCGGAUGUCGGAUUGAAAUAAUCCAAAGCGAAACUUUUAAAAUAAAAUGCGAUUUUAGGUGAUCAA